AUGGAAGUACCCGUUGCCUCAAAUGCACUCAACAAAUCGAUGCAAAGUCUAUGGUCAAAUCACCGACGUGCCAAGUUAAAUCUCAAUUCGCCAGCUCAAUCGGGCUCAGCAACUCCAACUCCUGUUGAGACCCCUGCUAGUGAAGAGGCGGUGACCCAAGCGCAGGAAGUCAGCGUCACACCGUCAACCGUAGAGCCUCCAGUAUCACCUCCCCCUGCAUCCUCGGUGAAGCGGAAAAUACGAUCUUCGCGGACAGCGGUGGAAAGCAACAAACGCAGCAAAACCGCGACUUCUGACCCAAAGGAUCGCAGCCCACCUCUCGCAAGACUCUCAGACCUGGGGGGCGUCGAGUCAUGUAUAGAGAAAAUGCUGGAGCUCGUAGCGAUGCCAUUGUGUCACCCAGAAGUGUAUCUACAUACGGGCGUUCAGCCUCCGAGAGGUGUUUUGCUUCACGGACCACCGGGAUGUGGAAAAACCUUACUUGCGCAUGCCAUGGCUGGGGAGCUUGGUAUCCCCUUUAUAAAUAUAUCUGCACCGUCGAUCGUAUCUGGAAUGUCGGGAGAGUCUGAAAAGGCUUUAAGAGAUACAUUUGAGGAAGCUAAGGCAAGUCCUGCACGCGUAGCCCCUUGUCUGCUUUUCAUUGACGAAAUUGAUGCCAUAACUCCAAAACGCGAAAGUGCUCAACGCGAAAUGGAGCGACGGAUAGUCGCACAGUUUCUAACUUGCAUGGACGAUAUGUCUUGGGACAAAACCGAGAACAAGCCCGUCAUCGUCAUGGGGGCGACGAAUAGACCCGAUUCAUUGGAUCCGGCCCUCCGUCGCGCGGGGCGAUUCGAUCAUGAGAUAAGUAUGGGUGUCCCAGAUGAAGAAGCUCGAGAGAAGAUUCUACGAGUUCUUUGCGCUAGGCUCCGCAUGGAGGGUUCCUUCGACUUCAAAAGCCUAGCAAAAGCGACGCCUGGUUAUGUUGGCGCUGAUCUCUCAGCUCUUACUGGCGCCGCAGGUAUCAUCGCUGUCAAGCGAAUAUUCAAAGAAUUGUCCGAAGGUACUCUAGUACUACCACCCCCGGAGGAUGGCGAUAUCUCAAUGGCCGUUGAUUCGCUGAACCCGCCCGAUUCAUCUCCAGUCCCUGCCCCGUUUGCUUCUCUACUGUCCAUGCUCCCCGGUACUUCACUGGCGCAUUUCCUCACAACUCACCCAUCGCCAUUGACAGAUGCCCAGUUGCUCCCUCUGACCAUCACUUCCUCUGAUUUCCAGCACGCCCUCACCGAAAUCCAGCCCUCUUCGAAACGCGAAGGAUUUGCGACGGUCCCUGAUGUCACAUGGGAUGAUAUUGGUGCACUUCACAGUAUUAGAGAAGAGCUUCACAUGGCUAUCGUGCAGCCUAUCAAACGGCCGGAGGUCUUCAGGAUGGUUGGCAUCACUACUCCUUGUGGGGUACUACUGUGGGGCCCGCCUGGUUGUGGCAAGACGCUCUUAGCAAAAGCCGUGGCUAAUGAAAGUCGCGCCAACUUUAUCAGUGUCAAAGGCCCGGAACUACUGAACAAAUACGUUGGAGAAAGUGAGCGAGCAGUGAGACAAGUUUUCUCUCGUGCGAGGGCGUCGUCGCCAUGCGUGAUAUUCUUCGACGAAUUGGAUGCACUAGUCCCGCGUCGUGACGAUAGUCUUUCCGAGUCUUCGGCCCGCGUAGUGAACACACUUCUCACUGAACUAGACGGCCUCGAUGCCCGAAAGAGCGUAUAUGUCAUCGCCGCAACGAAUCGCCCGGACAUGAUUGAUCCUGCAAUGGUUCGACCUGGCCGUCUUGACAAGUUGCUCUACGUCGACCUGCCCACCGAUGCUGAACGGACCGAAAUUAUUCGUACCCUUCUAAGGACGGUGCCGUUAGGCAUUGUUGGUCAGGCGCGGACGGACCAGGCGAAGCAGCAAACGAUGGACGAGGUCGAGUCGUUAGCGAGAGAGCGUUGCGACGGAUAUAGCGGUGCAGAUUUAGCCUCGUUAGUACGAGAAGCUGGUGUGAGCGCGUUGAAGCGCACACUUGGAUCUUUGGAUAGGAUGGAUGAUGAAGGACACGGAGCCUCUGCUGGAGGGAUCAUCGUUGGUACCGACGACUUCUCACAAGCUCUAGGUAAAAUAGGACCCAGCGUGAGCAUCGACCAAAGGAAGAGAUAUAUCGCGUUGAAGAACAAGUUCGCGGGUCUGCCUGUUCGGUCCAGUCGGUCUACCGGUGAUUUAGGUGUCGCCAGCUAA